CUAGUGCUGAGGCCGGCAUUUGGUCGUUUCGCGUUCACUUUGACGAAUUGACAUACGGUAGUUUGGCCGUUUAGCGGAAAAUUAAAUCGCGGAAAACACAAGAAACUUUUGCUUGACAAAUAUUCAAGUGCCGUCGCCAAUUAUGAUCGGCCGAAUGUGUUGAGACGCUCGAACAUAAACGUUCUCGAAACAAACGAGUGUGUGUGUGUGCAUUUGUGCACUGUUUAGAAAUCUCGAAACUUGCAUAGAAGUGCUGGCUUGACUAAGCAACCGGUCAGCGGUGGAAACGUUUUAUCAAUUGAAAAAAUAAAAAUAAACUAAAUAUUUAGUGAAAAAGAAAAACUAUUUUCAACUCUCGAGCGGGCAAAAAAUAAUAAUAAUAACAAAAGCAAAUCGAAAACUUGAUAUUUUUGAGCAAACGACGAUCACACACAAAAUAGCAAAGCUAGAGAUCAACUUCGUAACUUAACUUAAAUUUUCAUCGCUGGAACGACACAACUUCAUAUAGGGAAUUGAGUGCAAUUAUUUAAUUUGCAUAUCAUCCACCUCUUAAGUUAUGGAUCGUAUUUGGAAAAAGUUUUUGCUUUGCUUUGUUUUAUGUUCAGCGUUAAGAAAAUGCAAAUAAGCAAACACACAUACAUACAUUCAUAUAUAGAAUCAUAUAUACAAACAUGUUGAAACUAAUAUAAGCCAUUAUAUCAUAUCGGGGUGCAUAAAUCAUACAACAACAACUCAUCCGAAAUACAUUUUUCAAAAGGCCCAUUUCAGAUAUGCGUCACUUCAUUUAAAAAAAGUAAACAAGAUGAUUUGCAAUUAGUAGUUCAGUGAAGAGCGAAGCUGCAACGUGACCGCAACUACGACACUUUUUAUCGGUUUUUUUUUUUGUUUUUGCGUUAUAUAUACUACUCAGCCUACUCGCUUGACGAUCGCUUGAAGCAGAUAUACACGCUCGCAUAGGCAGAUUUUUAUAUUGCUUUACAAACAAUACAUUUUUUAUUUAUUUGUAGCGUGAUUUACUGUUUGUUGUGGUUUUCGUUGUUUUUGUACCUUGUGAAACGAAUCAUCAUUCUUUAUAGACUUAAAAGUAUAAUUAUAAAUGUGGAGAAAAGUCAAUUAGAACACCUCACAUGGAAAGGCACGCGAUCACUUCGGAUUGUAGGCUUUUUCAUGAGAACACUGUGGGUGGCUUGUGAAAUUCACAAUGAACUUUUUAUGGGUUUGUUGUUGCAGUUGCUUGAAAAAUUGCUAAGUUUAAAAGUCUUAAAAAAAUAUCUUUAAAAAUCUUGAAAAAAUUCCAUUUUAACAAGUUUUAACAGUUUUUGGUUCAAUUUAAGCACACAAAAAUUUUAACGCCACUAUAACCUUUACCAAAGCAAUUCAGAGCUUUCUACAUUUAUUUAGUACAAGCAAAAGUGGUUAACUGCAAAUCAUUUCAUGAUUUAUAGAAGUUACUCUUAUCUUGGACUGUUAUAUAAAUUUUUACUGCAACUGAAAUAAAACAAAAAAAUGUUUUCUGAGCUUUUAAGCUCGUUGAAAGCCUUGCGAGCUUUCACUUCUUUGUAAGAGCGUUAAUAAAAUUAAAUUACGGCAGGUAUUAAGUGUUAAAGGGCUCAACUGAAAUUUAUUAUGAACGCUGUAAAAUUAGUCAAAGCUUUUAAAGCUCUUUCCUUGUUAUUAAAUGAAAAAGCUUCGUAUAAAAUUUAUUAUUAAAUCCGUUUAUGAGUCUAUAAGUUUAUUUUAUAUGAAAAAUCGCUGUUUCAUUAAGCCUGAGAGUCUUACUAAGACAAUUAAAUUUAAAUAUAGAAUAAUAAAAGCUUCAUGUAACAUAUAAAAGCUCAAGUUUAUCUAAAAAAAAAUCAAAAACCCAUAAUAUAAACUCUUUGUGAGUCAUGAAAUGAUUUAUACAAUGCCAUAAAGCCUAAUGUGAUUCAUUUGCUAGGGUACAAGUUGAUCUAAAUAUUUUUCUUAUUUUGUUAUAUUUUUAAAAUUGAAGUUCUAAUUUCUCUUCAAAAGUUGCGGUUACGUUCAAACCUAAUCAUUGAGUCAUUAUAAUAAAUUAUACUAACAUUAAUUUGUUUCCAAAAUAUUGCAUAAUGGUCUAAUAUUCAUCAACCAUAAACCAAAAACAUCGUUUCACACCGCUUCAUAAAUUUCCAAAUAAAAGCGCCUGCGGGUAGGCUACACAAAUUCAAAGCAUACACAUAAACCCCUAACACACAUGAAAGUUUCAGUGCUUCUUAUUUCAUUAUUCACACUUAUUUCGUGGCUUGUGGCGUAAUUUAAUUAUGUGGCAACACUGUUGGUCAAUUUCUAAAAUUUUCUAAUAUAAGAAACAAAAUUAUAGCACAUGAUUCCAGAUGUGAGCAGUGUGAUAAUACAACCAAUUUAAAAAGCACUUAAAAAACAUAAAGCAAAAGUGAAAAUAAAUCGCUAAAAAGCAAAUAAAAACAAAGGAAUAAUAAAGUAAAUUUGCGUACCUUCGCCCUACAAAUUCACCGUGAAAAAUGUGCGAGCCGCGUAGGCGUAUACGCAACCUCAACUCUGGUUUACAACUACUAGUGCGCGCGCGUCUUAUUGGCGCUCUAAUAGUUUGCAACACUUAAAUACUGCGUGUUACAGAAAAAACAACAACAAUAAUAAUAAUUAUAACAACCAAAACUUGUGUGUUGGCUUAAACAUUUUCGGUUGCUAACUUAAGGCACACUUAGAGCUCACAGUCGCCGUCGGUUGCGCACAACAGCCACAGCCAACAUGACGUCGCAGACGAGCACUUGCAACAGCUUCUUCCAGGAGCAUGCAAACAGCGCGCUGAAUCAAUAUUUUCAGCAAUUGAAUUCGAAUGCCGCUGCUGCUAUGAGUAGCAGCAACAACAGUGAUAGCAGCGCCAAUGAAGGCGGCAGCAGCAUGACCAGCUCAUCGAUGGAGGGAAAUCGCAGCAGCGUUAGCAGCAUUGAUUCGUCGAAAUCGGUGAAUAGUAACGGUAAUGGCAGCGCAGCAGCACAAUGGAACAAUAUGCAGCAACAACAGGCGCAACAGCAACAACAGCAGCUGCAGCAACAGCAGCAACAGGCGCAACAGCAUCAACAGCAGCAGCAGCAACAUCAUCAUCAUCAGCAACAACAACAACAUAUGCAUCAUAACCAGCAACAGCAAAACUCACACCAGCCGCAGCAGCAGCAAGCGCAGCAGCAGCAACAACAACAUAACCAUCAUCAGCAUCAGCAGCAGCAACAACAAACACAACAACACCAACAGCAGCAGCAGCAACAUACACAGCAAUCGCAUCACCAGCACCAUCAGCAGCAGCAGCAGCACCAACAACAACAGCAGCAACAGCAACAACAACAACACUCCCACCAACAACAACAACAUCAGCAUUCCGCAGUGGCAGCCGCCCACAACCAAUUGUCCGCACUUAGCCAAACACUCACACAAAAUUUGGCCGCCGCCGCUGCCGCAUCCAAUGCCACCGCCAACACCAACCCACACUCGAUCUUCGGCUCCGGCAAUUUCCAUUACAAAACCAACAACUCAUGGACAAUACCCACCUUAUCCUGCUACCAGCGCCUCUACAAUGAAAACCAGCAACAUUACCAUCGCCAAUUUGGCAAUGGUGGCGGCAGCGGUGGUGGCAGUGGUGGCUCUAGCAACGGCGGUGUUGGCGCCGGCGGUAACUCCUCCGAUUCGCAAGCUCUGUCACAGGUCUCCGGCGGUGGUGGCGGUGGCGGUAACAACAAUUUGGGCAGCUGCAAUGCAAACGCUGCUGCAGCAUCCGUUCAACAUGUUGCUAACGCUGUGGCGGCCGUUGUCAUGGCCAACGAGCAGCAUCAAAGUCAUUUGAACAGUUUGAAGGCGCGCUUUCAGGCACCCGGCAAUGCAGGCAGGAAAUCUCCAUUUUUGGGUUUCAUUUGCAAAACAAACGGCAAAUCCUCAUCGAAUAGCAAAGAAGUUAUCUGCGGCGAUGACAAAUACAAAGAAGAGGGUGAUCUCUGGAAUGUGGAGGCACAAACCGCAUUCCUCGGACCGAAUUUGUGGGACAAAGCUCUGCCGUACGAUGCCGAUCUUAAGGUAACACAAUAUGCAGAUUUGGAUGAAUUCUUGUCGGAGAACAAUAUACCUGAUGGCUUGCCCGGCUCCCAUUUGGGACACUCAAGUGGUUUGGGGCAUCGAUCAGAUUCGCUGGGCCAUGCAGCUGGUCUGGGGCUGGGUCUCGGCCAUAUAACGACGAAGCGUGAACGUUCCCCAUCGCCAUCGGAUUGUAUAAGUCCGGAAACAUUGAAUCCACCAUCGCCGGCUGAGUCAAUAUUUGACAUUUCAGCUUUCUCCUUUGCAUCGUCGGGGCGGGAUUUCGAUCCGCGCACCAGAGCAUUCUCCGAUGAAGAGCUCAAACCGCAACCGAUGAUCAAGAAAUCACGCAAACAGUUUGUGCCCGACGAACUGAAGGACGAUAAAUAUUGGGCACGUCGCCGGAAGAACAACAUUGCCGCCAAGCGAUCACGUGACGCACGCCGCCAAAAGGAAAACCAAAUAGCGAUGCGUGCCAGAUAUCUGGAAAAAGAAAAUUCGACAUUACAUCAAGAAGUGGAACAGUUGAAACAGGAAAAUAUGGACUUGCGUGCGCGUCUCUCAAAAUUCCAAGAUGUGUAAUGUUAAGAAGUACCACCCUCCUACCCCUAAAAAAAAAGAAAAUUAUUAAAUAUAUAUAUACAUAAAUGUAAAUGUAUAUAUAAAUGUGUAUAUCACCUCCAAAAACCACAACCACCAAUCUAAAAUGCAACCAAGCAGGCAACAAUUUAUGUAUAAUAUAAGCAACGCAAAACAACCGUUAACCAUAAAGGCGGCAAAGGAACUGGAAAUGGUUAAAAUAUGAACCGUUAUGCAGCUCACCGCAAAACAGCCGUUAGAAAACUCAUGCCACACACAUACUUUCACAUACAAACAUAUGCACACACAUACACAUGCAAUUGCCUACCUGUAGCAGCGGUACAGUUAUAUGGACAUAAAUAUAUAUAACUUAAUAUAUAUAUAUAUAUAUAUAUAGCGAACAGCUUAUAAUUGAGAAACAUAGAAAUGAUAACGGUACAUAGAAAUUAUUUGAAGCAGUUUUUAAUUAUGCUUACAGUUUGUGCAAAAAAAGUGCAGACAAAGUAUGAAAAAACAACAACAACUAACUCCCACAAGCUGCAGCAGAAAUUGAGUGCAAGGAAUAAAGUAUAAAAGAGAAGCAAAAGAAGCAUAAAAACCAAACAUAUUUAUAAAAUUGAAUCUAUACAAAUAUACCAACAAAAUUCAGCGCUUAACACAAUGCCGAAAAAGAAAGAAAUCAGAAAAAAAUAACAACAAAAAAAGCGUUUAAGUCUGGCUAAAACGCAACUAACUAAUUCAUGAAACAACUUGAAGGAAAGAGAAGAGCAAAUGUCAAGAACCGAGUGAGCGGUGGCUGGGCGUGGAGGUCGCGCGAGCGUUUCUUGCAAAGUGUGGGAUGUUUGUAUAAGAACAACAACAAAAUCAACAGUAAAUGGUAACGGCGCAACUGAAAAUCGGCAAGAAAGCCAAUAAAACAUUAAAUUUGUUAAACAAAUAAAUGAAAGAACAACAAAAAACACAACAACUAUUACAACAAACUCAAAGAAAAUAAACAUAUGUAUGUAUGUAUACUAGAUAAGUAAAUAAUUUAUAUACAAAAGCAGACGUAUACACGCAAUCGGCGCAUACAAAAAAAAAAAACAAAAACAACUACAAACAUAAAGAUGUAUGUGCUGCAAAUUAAGAAGAACAACAACAAAAACAUUAUUUUAAAAUUAUUGUUAAAAUGAAAGCAAAAGAAAAUCAAGAAAGUCAGACAAAAAACAAACUGCUUACAAAUAUUUAGACUAAUUUAAUAUAAAUAAUUAUAAAAUAGUUGCAUAAAGUUAUAAAUAAAGUAAAUAAAAGUUUAUAAAUAAAUAAAACAAUAAGAAGCACUAUGUGAAAUUUAGAAAAAAGAAUGGUAAAAAUUAAAAAAAAAGCAUUGCUUAUAUACAAAACAUACACAUACACAUAUAUACACACACCCACACACAUAUACAUAGGAACGCAAAGCCUGCUCAGCUGGCAGCGAGUUUAGAUUCUUUUCUCACGCAAAACGCUGCAAAUGUACAGGCAUUUGCCUAAAGUUGCCAGCAUUGUGAUGCAGAAACGUGAGCAACAUGUUGCAGCAACAUUUAUUGCACGUAAUCAAAAGGCAUUUUCCAAUAUUGCCGAAGAAUUAAGUUGAAAAUAUUAGACAAAUGCUUAUCAACAUAGAUUGCAAUCAGGUAUGUUUCAGCAACAUCAGUUGUUCGUAAAUGUUGCAGCAACAAAUAUUGCUUGAAAUAAAAUUAAUUUUAUGACAAAAACAUAUUAAAACAUGCUUAGCAACAAAUAUUGCUAUCGCUAAUGUUGCAGGAUGUCUACAAAUCUUGCUGCAACAUAUGUUGUUAACACCAAAACUGAGCCUAAAUAUGGUGCGCGAGUUUUUUUUUAUGUCCAUAGCAGCAAACUUUUUAUUGUGAAAAAGAAAAGCGAUCAUCUAAGCCCGACAAUUGGUAAUGGUAGACUGCGAAAAUUAAUUUUCUAAUAUUAUUCAUUGCUAAGUUUAUGUAAUAUGCUUCAGCAUUAUAAAUAUUGUAGCCACAUAUGCAAUUUUUCGUACAAGUUAGUUUCAGAUAAUUUUUCUGAUGUUAUUCACUACUAAGUUUACUUAACAUGUGUCAGCAACAUAUGUUGUUAUUAAGAAUAUUGCAGCAAAAAAUGCAAUUUUUCGUCAAAAGAAGCUUCAGUUAAUUUUUUUGUUUUUGUUCAUUACUAAGUUUCCUUACCAUGUUUCAGCAACAUAUGUUGCGUUUAAAAAUGUUGCAGCAACAUAUGCAACUUUUCAGCAAAAUUAGCUUCAGUUAAUUUUUUUAGUUUUUUUCAUUACUAAAUUUUCGUAACAUGUCUCAGCAGCAUAUGUUGCGAUUCAAAAUGUUGCAGCAACAUUUUCAAUUUUCGGUAAAAAUUAGCUUCAGUUAAUUUUUUUACUUUUGUUCAUUACUAAGUUUCCUUAACAUAUUUCAGCAACAUAUGUUGCGAUUCAAAAUGUUGCAGCAACAUUUUCAACUUUUCGUAAAAAUUAGCUUCAGUUAUUUCUUUUUAGUUUUUUUCAUACUAAAUUUUCUUAACAUGUCUCAGCAGCAUAUGUUGCUAUUCAAAAUGUUGCAGCAACAUAUAUUCUACACAAUAUAGGUCUGUAAAAACACUAUCCUCAAAAACUAGAACAAAAGCAAAAGGCAAAAAAAGCCUCAGCAAAAGCCAAACGAUCUACUUUUUAUCUUCUUCUACUUUUACAACAACAAUUUACAAUACAAAAUGGCCGAAAAUUAAUUCAUGAUUUAAGUCAUCAUUUACUAAUGCGUCAACAUAUUGUUGUUCAUGAACUGUGUUCGCUCUGACUUUGUCAUUGUUGCUGACAACAUUUCUACUAACUGCAAUCACUGCUGGAAAUACACAUAUAUGUACAUAUGUAGAUGACUCACUAUAAUUACCACUGCGAGGCAAGAAAAUUAAAAAGCGCAAUAAUACUGACUCAAAAGGCUUCAACAAAACAUAAAAUAUGAAAAUCAGUUUAAAAUUAAAAUUAAGUAAAUAUUAAUAUUAGUGACUUAAAAGUUAGAAAAUAAAACGGAAAAGCUGAAUGACAUAAAGCAACCUAAAACAAUACGGAAAUUGUGUACCUAAGUUUAUAAUUAAAAGUACACACAUAAGAGAAUAAUUAGAAAUUACAUGGCUUACAUUAAAAUAGCAAGAUUUUUUUAUUAAUACAAAAUAUAUUGCCCAAACGCUAAGACAUGAGUUGUUUUAAACAAUUUCAUUCAUAAAAUUUAUAGACAAACAAACGCACUUGUUUCCUAGGCUGAGUUCUGCUAAAUUUCAAAAAUAUGUUAGGCUUGUGAUAAUGGAUAUAACAGAAUGCACUGGCAGAGGUGAAAAAAUUAUUUUGUUUAUUGAAGAAUCAAGUUAAGCCCGAAAUUAGUAGACCUCUGUGUAGUAUUUUCAAAUAAAGUUUUGUGGCAAGGCGAAUUUGAAAUUUGAAAAACAAUCUUAAUAUCAAUAAUCAUUAUGAAAAACCAGAAUUUUGAAUUUUAAUUAAAAUUAUUAUCAAUAAAAUGCAAUAGCUUUUAUUAUUAAAAUCUGGCGGAAUUUAUAGACUUUUAGCCUUUUGAAAUAUAGGAACAUGUGAAACAGUGAACUGUCAAGCAUCAAGACUAUUAAAAGUUAUGAACAUGUGAAACAGUAAACCCAAAGUCAUGAAAGCCUUUUUAUUUUUAAUAUGAACACGUGAAACAGUAAACCGAAAUUUCAAAAACAAAAAGGUAAAAAUUUUAGAAAAUGUGAAAAAAUUUAUUCAAAACUCGAAAAUUAUGAAUUUUGCUUCUAAAUAGUUACAUAAAACUGGAAAAAACAACUUUCGCCGUUCGUUAACGGAUAGAUAUAUAGAAGAUACACUUGUUUUAAUUCUGUUGCAUCUUUAACAACGCAAUAUAAAGUAUUUUAAUCGAGACUGACUCUACGCAGCAGUGAGUUCUAUUAAGCUGAGAGUUGCGCAAACACAAAAAUAAUUAAAUCAUAUAAAAUUGUAGCGACUAAGGCGAGUUUUAGCCAGAUUUUGCUGCAGUGUUCAUUAGUACCGUGUCCAGUUUCAGAACUUGUUGCCACAAAAGUUGCUUGUGUGCCUUAUGCAGUUCCAGUUAUAACGAAUUAGGCACACAAAAAAUGAGUUCCAUCGUCAGACGCUGGAAAAUUUGCGUACUUUUCAACACAAAAUUCAUGCAUGUGUUUGAAAUAUUUUUUGCCAAGCAAAUAUUUUUUUUUAAAGAAAAUAUUUUUUUUUUUCAAAAAUCGCUUUUCCUCCCUCCACCUUAUCAAUUUGAGCUUCCGUUAAAUGCUUUAUUGCCAAUUAUCCCUAACCAUUAUCGUAGAGUUAAAGUUGACUUAUAGUGUGUAGUAACCGUUAUGUUAAAAUGUUACAUCUGAAAUGUGUGUAAUAUGUUGCAAAUUAGUUUGAAAUGUAGUUUUUGUGAGUGUAUGAACAUAAGAGCAUAUGAAUAAAUUUUAUUUGUUUUUAUAAAAUUAUAUACAUAUUUAUAUGCGGUAGUAAAACUCUUCUUUAGUAAAAACUUUUUCUUCUGUUUGUUAUAACUGGUUAACAAUUGUUUAUAAUAAAUAAUUUAGUAGUUUGACACAUGACUUGUUAAUACUAAACUCAAGCAUAGUUUAUAAUUAUACUGAGUUCAUUGCAGACGCUGUAAAAUACAAUAAAUGAAAAUACAGGGUGUGUAGUGCUACACCUUUCCUUAAGGCAACAAUAAAUCAUUAAAUAAAGCAUAAUUCACAGUUUGUACCUAAGCAGCGCCUUUGUUAAUAAUAAUGCUAAAUGCAGUUAAUUGUUGUAUGCUUUUUUGCUAAAAUCAGUGCAGAUAUAUUUUAAAAUUGAAAUAGCAAGUUGAAGUUUAUUGAUAUUCGUUAUAAAAAAAUAAAAACUGUUAAACAAAAAAAUUUAUUUGAAAUGAUUUGUGCAUCAAAAAUUUUGCAUAACUUUUUUAGAAAAAAAUCUGACCCUAAAAUUACCUUUUAACAAAAGAUAUUAUAAUUUUUUUGUUUUCAAUAUUGUGAUAGUGUACUUUUAAAUGCUACAGGGUGUGUUUUUUAAUUUUAUUAAACAAAUUUUGUAUAAAAUUAAACUCAACAUAAUUACUUUUGUAUUUCAUUUUAACAUUCGAUUCGCCACAAAAUUGAUAGUGCCAAGCACUAUUGUUUUUUUUUAGAAAUUUUUAUUUUCUUCUAUUUUUGUAUUUUUUUUUUUUAUUUGAAAAAGUCUCCAAAUUGUUUUUUUCUUAGAUAUUUUGUAGCGUAAUAAUGUCAAUUAAAAGUAUAAUACACACCCUGUAUACACACAAUACGCAACAAGGCUUUAGCUGACAGUUAAAUUUUGAACAUUUUAAUUAAAAAUUUUGCGAGCUGAAACAAUUUUGGGUUGAGAUGGUAAUACAUACGAGUUUUUUUGACAAAUUAGAUCUUUUUAAAUUUAAAAUGAAUACAAUAAAUUUUAAGUGAACCAAAAUAAAAGUAAAAUAACACAAAAAAUUAAAUAAAAAAAAAAUUAAAUAAAAAAACUUAAAAAUAAAUUAAAUGUAAAUUUAUUAAUUUACAACUAACUGCAAAAAAAAAAAAUUGAAACAAAAAAAAUUCAAAAAAUAUAAUGAAAUAAAUUAAACUAAAAUAAAAUAAAACAAAAUAAAAUAAAAUAAAUGAAAUAAAAAAAUAAAAUUAAAUGAAGUAAAGUAAUAUAAAAAAAUAAAUUGAAUAAAAAAAAAUAAAAUUAAAUAAAAAAAUAUUUACAUUAUUUUCAAAAAAGUGAAAUUGAAAUAAAAUCAACAAAAAAAAUUAAAAUAAAUUAAGUGAAACAUAAUAAAAAUAUCACUAAGAAACAAAGGAAGCAAAAUUAAAAAAAUAAAUAAGAUAAAACCAAAAUAUAACUGUAAAAUAAAAAAAGAAGUGAACUAAAAUAAAAUAAUAUAAAUUAAAUUUUCUUAUUUUUAUUAUUUUAUUUUAGUUUACUUCGUUUUUUAUUAUUGUUUUUAUUAAACAAAAUUAAAGUAAAAUAAAAAAAUAAGUUGGGAAGAAAUCAAGUAAAUUAAAAAAUAAUACAAUGAGAAUAAAAAAUAAAUUAAAUUAAAUACAAUUAAAAUAAAUUGAGCCCAAACCAAAUAAUAAAAAAUUAUUAUAAAAAUUAUAUUAAAAUAACACAAAGUAGCAUAUAUUAAAUUAAAUAUUAUAAAAAUUAGACAAAAUAAAGUAUAAACUGGAAAUUAAAAUAAAAAAUGCAGCAAAGUAUAAAUUUAAAGUAAUAAAGUGCUGGUAAACUGUGGAAAAAAAAAUUUAUACAUUUUUAACAAACCUAUAUUUUUUUUAAGUAUUUUCAAAUAAUUGAAUAAAAAAAAUACUUUUGUAUCUUUGAAAACAUUUAUGUGUAUUUCCAAAUGUUAUAAAAAAAUAUUUUUGAAAUUUUAUAAUAUGCACUUAAUUUUCAGCAAAAAAAUUUAAAUUUAACAGACACUCAACCUGACACACACGCUGUUGUAUAUAAAACCAUAUUUCCCAUAAACUGAUAUACUCACAUACAUGCACAUAUACAUAUGUAAGUGUGAGAGUACGUUGAAAAAUAUUCAUAUCUACUGUUAAACCACUGAACACUUUCAAGUUCUCAACUAAAAACUCAAAACAUGAACGCCAAUUUAAUAUCAACUCACCUUUGCUCCAGUUCAACUAACCGCAACCCUCAAAUAUUGCUUCAACACUUACCUCUCAAAAUGUGGUAUAUAAAUAUUUAUGAAUUAUGAUGACGUGAAUGACGUUGAUUGCAAAAUGCAAAAUGCAAAGAUUUCAAAGCUGUUUUUUAGCUAACAAUUAGUAGUGUAGUUCAUUUACUUUACAUAUUUUUUUGUAAUAAAAUACUGAUUUCAUUAUUUGUAAAUACGAUUUACAAAACAAAUUAAUGUUUAACAUAUUUUUUAAUAUUAUUAAAGCAAACAUUUUUCGGUGUAGUAAAUAUAUGAAUUUUAGUUGUAUAGUAUGCCUACCUACCUUACUAUUUUUACGACAUACAUACAUACAUACAUACAUAUUAUUACAAUAAAUAUAAUUACAUUUUUAUUUUAGUCCCUUUUCAAAGAAAAAAAUUAUGAAAAAAAAACAAAAAAAAAAAUACAACAAAAAUUUUACGCUAAAUUUAAAUAUAUAUAAGUUUGUUGGCUUAAGUUUUAAAUGAAUUCGGUUUUUCUUGAUAACAAGAGUUAUUUUUCCCUGUUUUGUUUUACCACAUUUGUGCGCAUGCGAAACAACUUUUUAAUAAGAACCAAAAAAAAACAUUGAAACAUAAAUAUAAUGAGUAAAAUGCAGAAAAUUGAAACAUGUUAUACAUUUUUUUUAGUUUCUAAGUUAAUUACUGUAAAAAUAUUUGAUUAUUUAUUUUAUAGAAAAUUUGUAAAAUAGUGUUUUAUUAAUAUUAUUAUUUACAAAGGUUUGCAUUGUACUAAAAACAAAAAUUACACAACAAAAAAAAAAAAAUAAAUAUAUAUACAAACAGGAUAGAACAGUUAACGCUUUCUGUUGCCCACAAAAUGUAAGAAAAAGAUGAAAUACAUUUGAAAGGAAUAAAAGCACUUUUGAUUGAGUAAAAAAUAAAA